CGGCGCCCCCGCGGGCGGCGCCGGCGCGGCGGCGGGGGAGAACCACCGGACGUGCGGGCGGGCGAGCCGCGCGCCGGGCGGCGAGAAGGGCCCCCUGCGGGUGCCGCUGCGGAGCGCGGCGCGGAGCCCCGAGGCCGAGGAGCGCCGCCUCGCCACCAUCCCGGCCAGGUACGAGACGGUACUGUACCGGGGCAACCGGGAGCAGAGGGGCUUCGGCAGCCAGGAGCCCCGCUUCGGCGUGCCCGACCAGUGCGACCCGGCCUUCGCCGGCGACCACCAGACCGUGCGGGCGGGGCUGCGCGUGCCCGGCUCCUUCGGCCGGCGCGGCGCCCACGGCCUCGCGUCGAGGUCGGCGAGGCUGCGGCGGCCGAAGGCCUCGGCCUCGGCCUCGGUGGGCCCCGGCAGCUACGCCAACGGGCCCGCCCCGCCACUCAGCGCACGCGAGGCGGCGGCCUCCGCGGCGUUCGUGCUUCCGAGCUCGUUCAACCCGAACCGGCUCUACGAGCGGACGCCCCCGGGCCCCAGCGAUUACGAGCCGGGCCGCGCGGCGCCGGUGCGCGCGCGGCCGUCGCAGAACUUCCAGGGCAAGGCGGAGCGCUUCUUCCACCUGGAGAGCGUCGCUGACGACGCCCCUGGCCCAGGCGCCUAUUCGCCGAGGCGCCCGCCCGAGGGCCGCCCCGCGGCGGCGCCCGGGCGCCCCGCCGCCCCCGCGGGGGCCGGGCCCCUGGCCGCGCUGGGCGAGGUGGCCGCCGAGGUGGUCGAGGCCAGGCUGCUGCCCUUCGGCUCGUUGCCGCGGGGGUGGCGGCCGGGCGUCCGCAAGCCCGAGGUGCCGGGGCCUGGGGAGUACGACGCCGUCGCGUCGCACGCGUCGGCGACGCGCGGCCGGGACUUCGCCACCGUGGGCUCCGCGAGCUUCCAGACAGGCUCGUCGCACCUGCCCCGCACGUGGAGGCCGUGCGGCCCGGGCCCCGGGAGCUACGAGGCGGAGCCCGGCGGCGCCGGGGUGCGCGACGCGGGCGCCGCUGCGAGGAGGGGGCAGAGCGCCAACUUCUCCUCCAACACCGCCAGGCUGCCGGAAAAGGUCCCCCGUAUGGGAAGGGAGAUGUGGGGUACUCCCCAGCCCCGGCCCAGGGCGGCGGCGCGCAGUCCUUCCACCUGAACGUGAAUUCUGCGUGGGUGUCCUGAUCUCGCGACCCCGAGCCGCCGGAGCGCCUCAUCCCCCGUUGUCCUCGCCUCGUUCGCCCUCCUCCUUCGCCGCCCUCCCGAUGCUCUCAAUUGCUCCGCCUGGGCAGACACCGUUCCGACCGCUCGGCCAGCGCGGAGAGGCGCGGGCGCGCGAGCCGAAGGCGCGCGCGCCCGCGCACGCCCGUGCUCCUUGUUCGGACUUGGCGGCGGCGGCCGCGGUGGCCCGCUGCAAA